CGGCGUUGAAUUCUAGGCAGCCCAAGUCCAGAAGGCACGUCCCUAACCCUUGCCCGUACUCCUUCCAGAUAUUUAACAGCCGGAUGAGUAGAUGUUGCAAUGCCCAGCGGCUGACCGCUCUGCCUUGGAGGUCUCCUAAGUGAUCGCUGCUCCGGGGAGGUGUUGGAUGGUCACCGCUUCCUUGGAGCCUCGCACGGGCUGGAAUUCGGCACCAGGAUUAAGAGAGGGCUGCUGUCCCGUAAUGGGCUGCCGAGAAAACCGCCGGGUUUGUUGUUAACCUUGGGGUCUGUCUAUGACCCAUCGAAGAGGCUUCCUGGCAAGCCCUUCCCCUCUCCAGGGCCUUGGUCCCUGGAAAGCCGUCUCUCUCUGCAGGCUCCCUUCACGGCUUGCUUUGCUUGGAGUUGCAUCGCACGGACGCCCGCGGAUGUGGUGGUGAACCAUGUCGAGACCCCAGGGACUGUUAUGGCUUCCGCUGGUCUUCACCCCGGUCUGUGUCAUGGUGAACUCCAACGUCCUGCUGUGGAUCACCGCCCUGGCCAUCAAGUUCACGCUCAUCGACAGCCAGGCGCAGUAUCCUGUGGUCAACACCAAUUACGGCAAAAUCCGGGGCUUGAGAACACCGCUGCCCAAUGAGAUUUUGGGUCCAGUGGAGCAAUACUUGGGGGUCCCUUAUGCCUCGCCUCCUACUGGGGAAAGGCGGUUUCAGCCCCCGGAACCCCCCUCCUCAUGGACUGGGGUUCGGAACGCCACUCAGUUUGCUGCCGUGUGCCCCCAGCACCUGGAUGAGCGGUCUCUCUUGCAUGACAUGCUGCCCAUCUGGUUUACUGCCAAUCUGGAUACUCUGAUGACCUACGUUCAAGAUCAGAAUGAAGACUGCCUUUAUUUGAAUAUCUAUGUGCCCACAGAGGACGACAUCCAUGAUCAGAACAGUAAGAAGCCAGUAAUGGUGUACAUCCAUGGCGGGUCUUACAUGGAGGGCACAGGCAACAUGAUUGACGGCAGUAUUCUAGCGAGCUACGGCAAUGUCAUCGUGAUCACAGUUAACUACCGCCUGGGGAUUCUAGGGUUUUUAAGUACCGGCGACCAGGCGGCCAAAGGCAACUACGGGCUCCUGGAUCAGAUCCAAGCAUUACGUUGGAUUGAGGAGAAUGUCGGGGCCUUCGGUGGGGAUCCCAAGAGAGUGACCAUCUUCGGCUCCGGCGCGGGUGCUUCUUGUGUCAGCCUCUUGACCUUGUCUCACUAUUCAGAAGGUCUCUUCCAGAAGGCCAUCAUCCAGAGCGGGACCGCCCUGUCCAGCUGGGCCGUGAACUACCAGCCUGCCAAGUACACUCGGAUAUUGGCAGAUAAAGUCGGCUGCAACAUGCUGGAUACCACGGAUAUGGUGGAAUGCCUUCGGAAUAAGAACUACAAAGAGCUCAUUCAGCAGACCAUCACCCCGGCCACGUACCACAUCUCCUUCGGGCCCGUCAUUGACGGGGAUGUCAUCCCCGACGACCCUCAGAUCCUGAUGGAGCAGGGGGAAUUCCUUAACUAUGACAUCAUGCUCGGGGUCAACCAGGGGGAGGGGCUGAAGUUCGUGGACGGCGUCGUGGAUAACGAGGAUGGUGUGACGCCCAACGAUUUUGACUUCUUGGUGUCCAACUUCGUGGACAACCUUUACGGCUACCCGGAGGGGAAGGACACCUUGCGGGAGACCAUCAAGUUCAUGUACACGGACUGGGCAGAUAAGGAGAACCCCGAAACACGGCGGAAAACCUUGGUGGCUCUGUUCACUGACCACCAGUGGGUGGCCCCCGCCGUGGCCACCGCAGACCUGCACGCACAGUACGGCUCACCCACCUACUUCUACGCCUUCUACCACCACUGCCAAAGCGAGAUGAAGCCCAGCUGGGCGGACUCAGCCCAUGGCGACGAAGUCCCCUAUGUCUUCGGGAUCCCCAUGAUUGGCCCUACCGAGCUCUUCAGCUGCAACUUCUCCAAGAAUGAUGUCAUGCUCAGCGCGGUGGUCAUGACGUACUGGACAAACUUCGCCAAAACCGGUGAUCCUAAUCAGCCAGUUCCUCAGGACACCAAGUUCAUUCACACAAAACCCAAUCGCUUUGAGGAAGUGGCCUGGUCCAAGUAUAACCCCAAAGACCAGCUCUAUCUGCAUAUUGGCUUGAAACCCAGAGUGAGGGACCAUUACCGAGCCACAAAAGUGGCUUUCUGGUUGGAACUCGUGCCUCACUUGCACAACUUGAAUGAGAUAUUCCAGUAUGUGUCCACAACCACAAAGGUUCCUCCUCCGGACAUGACCUCCUUUCCCUACGGAACUCGGCGAUCUCCUGCCAAGAUAUGGCCCACGACCAAACGCCCGGCGAUCACUCCUGCCAACAACCCCAAACACUCCAAGGACCCUCAUAAAACGGGGCCCGAGGACACCACUGUCCUCAUCGAAACCAAACGGGAUUAUUCCACUGAGUUGAGCGUCACCAUUGCCGUGGGGGCAUCCUUACUCUUCCUUAACAUCUUGGCGUUCGCGGCGCUGUACUAUAAGAAGGACAAGAGGCGCCAUGAGACACACAGGCGCCCCAGUCCCCAGAGAAAUACCACGAAUGACAUUGCUCACAUCCAGAACGAAGAGAUCAUGUCCCUGCAGAUGAAACAGUUGGAGCAUGAUCACGAGUGUGAGUCCCUGCAGGCUCAUGACACGCUGAGGCUCACCUGCCCUCCAGACUACACCCUCACGCUGCGCAGGUCCCCUGAUGACAUCCCACUUAUGACACCAAAUACCAUCACUAUGAUUCCCAACACACUGACGGGGAUGCAGCCUUUGCACACGUUCAAUACCUUCAGUGGAGGACAAAACAGUACAAAUUUACCCCACGGGCAUUCAACCACUAGAGUAUAGCUUUGCCGUCUUCUUCCCCUCCCUCUGCGCCUCCCCUCAGCCACAUCGAAGAGAGAAAGAAAGAAGCAACAUCUCCAAACAAGGAAUGUUUGGCUUAAGACAAAACAAAACAAAACAAAACAAAAGCAAAAGGGCAGCCACUGUGUCCUUGCAGACCCUUUCCAUUGGCGUUUCCCAGUACAACGAGAUCAACUUCUGACCCUACGAAAUGUGAAACGUAUACAUUGCUGUUACAAUACUGCUUUAAGAUCUCCACCAUCUGGCAAACUUUAGUGCAACUAGGACAUCGAAGUUUCAAGGACCUGGAUGUUUCCAAUGUGACCAUAGAAGCUGACACUUCUGGAACUCAGCCGAGGGCACAUUUUUUUUUUUUUUAAUUACAAUUGAAAUAAAUAAAAGUUCUUUUUGUGCCAUACAACAGAUGGCUCUACUUAAGUGAAGAAAGAAUCUGUGGGCUUUUACCCAGCAUAUGGAGGUGUAAUCCAGAGAGAAGGAAAAGUAGAAUUUUAUUAUUAAAAUAAAAGAACUGACUAUGCAGUUACAUACGUAGAGUUCUGUGCAAAGAGAUGUUUUGCGAGCCUGAACUCUAUUUAAGAAACUUUGUAAAAAUAAAAAUAAAAAAAUGUAUAUAGCUGUGCGUUUAAACAAACACACACAGAGAGAAAAACAGAAAGAAAAACAAAAACAACAACAAAAAAAGCUUUUAUUGGUGUUUUCAGUUUGAAAGAGCUUUUAGCGAGAUUGUGCUUUCCAUUGUGGUCUGUAUGUAUAUAAAUCGAUAUAUACAUUAGUCAUAUCACCUCUGUCUCCUCCAGGACAAAGGAGGAUUUUCUUCUUAAUUCCUUGUGGCCAACAGACAUGGGGUUUCCUAACGUGUUUCAUUUGUAGGAGGAUGUGAUUGUCACACAGCGGACCUAGACCGUCUGUUCGACUAGGCUCUCUCUCCCCUUUUUGGGCUGGAAAGUGCAUGCGACAGCAUUCUUAGGAGACCGUUAUUUUUAGGAAAACUUUUAUUUUUGUGUGUUAAGGCUUCAUGAAGUUGCAACCCCAGGAUGGAUCCCCAGCGUGGAGCCUAUUUAAAGCUUGUUGAAUUAGAAACACGCACGCACAUGCAGAGUGACCGCGGGGGAAAAACAGAAUACAAGUCUCGUUCUGUAGUUCUGGUUCUUUGAAUCUGUUGAGGAAGAGUUGCUUCCCAUCCCAGGGUCCUGCCAAAAAGGAAAAGAAAGCUUGUCUUUGGUAGGGCCAAGCUCUGCUGAGUCAAUACAGCUCUGUAUUCCCUAGCAGCUGCAGAAGGGUUUGGCUGAUGAAAUACCUGCUCAGCUUAGCUAAUCAGAUUGAAAGAGGGCAUGUGUCUUUCCUUUCUGUUUAAGCAGUAAGUCCCUUAUUUAUCAGUAAGCAGGGAUUUUUAUUUUUUAUAUCAUUUAUGGGAUAAAACAUAUGCUUGUCUGAAACUAUUACCAUUUGUGGAUUUGUGUAUCAGUCACUGAUCCAUGAGUAUUACAGAGAGAAAACAAACAAAAGGAUAGAACAUUAAAAGUGCUUUGCAUGGGUUUUCCGGGAAGUUAGGAUGGCUUCACUGUCAAGAUAACACACAGAAAUAUUCAGUCAUUUUAAAUUGGUGAGACAGGGAUGAGAAGUUUGUCCCUCUGACACUUUGUCAUUUUCUCAUCGUCCUUUUAAUUUUCCUGAAGGAAUCUUUUGCAAGUGUCCUAAAGUGGAAGGAAAAAAAAUCGUAACCAUGGUGACUUUAUGUUUUGUCUUUCAAAAUUAUAUUGCAACACCAGGAAAUAGUAGCCAAAGAUAUUUGAAGAUGUCUCUGGGCAUGGUUCUCAUGGAAACCCAGCACUAUAUGUCUUUGCCAAGGUGGACAUUCUCCACAAAGAUAGUCCAAAUUCCUUGUCUCUUUGUAUAAUCUUUGAUUAUUGAACCCCUAAACUAAAACUGUAGCAAUGUCUAUCAAAGUGUUUGAAAAUGGCCCCCCUAGAAAAAGAGAGUGCUUUUAAAAAUGCAUACAGAUCGUCCAAUAAAUUCUGUUGUUCAUCUUGGUUUAAAUUUAAGAGUGAUUCUCUGUGUAUACAUAGGUGAAAUAUAACCCCAACUUUGCAUAGAGAGAAGCAUCACUCCUGCAGCUAGAGGUGUCAUGGGUACGAUUUUUGUUCAUCAUUUUUGAAAGCUAUUGUCAGGCCAUUUCUGCAAGCUGCGCAUUACCCCAGCUAAGCUACGACGAAUAGGCUCUCCAGGGAACUACGAAGGACGUGAUGCUUGGCACCAGUGUGGGUCCGGUAUGUUUGUAAUGUGAAUUCCAGUAUUUGUUUAGUAUUUCCAAUUGUCUUCUGCUAGCAAUAUGCACAGUAAUGUAUCAGGCUUGUGACAUUUGGAUAAGGAAAAAAAAAAAAAAAGAGUUCUCGUUAAGUGAAUAACUUUAGCUUUUACAAAGGGUUAUGAUCAAAAGCAAUUUAAUACACCUUAAAUGAUAUUUCUACAUGGAAAGAAGUUAUAGAAUCUUCAUAGAGUUCUAUGAGAAUAAAAUAUACUUGCUAUCUAUAAAAAAGAGAAAAAAAAAAAACAUAAGUUAGAAAAAAACUUUCCUAGGCUUUUAUUCUUGACCUUCA